AUGUCUACCGGUGCAAACGUCAACAAACCUACAAACGUCCAAACCAAGGAAGCCGACGUCAACCGCAAGCUCCAAGUUUACGGAAUCAUCUCUGCUUUCCAGAACGGAAAGGUUCCUUCAAACGAUCAAAUCGAUGUCGCCCUAAGCAGUUUCCUCGCCUCUCGCGCCCUCUCUGGCCGUCACGAGAAGCUGUCCGCUGAAGGUCAGGAGUUGGUCAAGGAUGCCGCCAACGCUAUCAAGCAAGCCAAGCACCUUCUCCUUUCCAAGAACGAGGGAAACUUGAUCCAGGACUUCAUCUACCAAACUACCCAGUUCGACCCCAAGGCUGUCAACACACCCAACGCUCCUGUCAGCAAGGAUGCUGCCAAGCAGGACGGUGACCAGGCUCUUGAGGGCUUGAGGACCCUCGGCCAGCUUCUCAUCACCAACGGCCAAUUCCGAAAGCUUCUCUCUGAUGCUACCGUUCUUUUCCGUGACAUGGCUGGUGAUGCCGCUACCAACGCCGCUGCCCGUGUUCGACCCUCUCAGGAGCAGCUCCAGCAGCUCGAUGAGCCUGCUCAAGAUAACGUCUGGCACGAGGCCCCUGAUUUCUCCAAAGAGAACUUCAAGCAUCAGGCCAAGGGCAUCUAUAGCGGAAACCCCAAGCAGGAUGCUAAGGACAUCGCUGCCGCUGGUGUCAACUCUGCCGCCCCAGGACAGCAGGGUAACCUCCAGCCCAACCAGAGUGCCCAACCUCAGGCCACCACCGGCCUCGAGACUGGCAACAUUCCCUCCACUGAUGCUGCUCGUGACGCCGCUCGCCAAACCGACCCCCAGGCUGGCAAGAGUGCCGCCAAGCAGGUCGCCGAGCAAAAGCUCGACAACAAGAUCGACCCUGAGACUAAGGAGAACAUCCUCCAGCGCAACGAGGAGUACCGCCGUAAGGCUCACGACUACUUCAACAAGAAGAUGCCUCAGGAGCGCAAGGACCAGACUAUCUGGCGCCUCAAGAAGAUGAUUCUUGAGUGCCAGCAGCACGAGGACUACUCACAGGCUAUUCAGACUCUCCUCCGCUUGGCUGAGACUUACAGCCGCCACGGUCGCACCGUUGGCCAGGGAUCCACCACAACUGCUAAGGACGCCCGCGGUGGUCUCGGUGCCGCUGAGCGCGAUCUCCGAACUAUCAUUGAGCGAUUCGCCAACGGUACCUCGACUGAGGACCUCUGGGAGGCUAUUGGCCAAAUCUACCGCGAUGCUGAUAACGACCGCGAGCUCAAGGAUUGGUUCAAGGCUAUGGACUCUUACAUCCGCCGAUGCCUCCUCCAGCAGGGCUACAUCCUCGAGGACCAGUCCACUCGUGAGUGGGAUCAGCUCUACGACCAGGGUCGAUACCUCCUCCGCAACAAGUACCGCGGUCACACCGACCGCAUUGUUGACGAGAUCAAGUUUCUUGCUGAUCAAUUCGACCAAGAUCCCCAGAACCACGCCUUUGCUGAGUCUCUCACAAAGCUUUUCAAGGAUCUUGGCAACGAUAAGGACGGCAAGCCUGUCUUCAAGCCCCAUCUGCUCAAGGACUUGAGGGAUGUUAUCAUUCCCGCCGCCCUGGAGAACAUUGCCUACGUCCCCAUUCCCCGAAUCGAGUACACCGAUUCCCAGUUCGAUGCCAUCAUUGAGAACCUUGUUCUCGAGAGCGACAACUUCGCUCCCAACGUCCUUGAGGUCUCCAGCGAGCACUACUUCCGCUGGGGCCGCAAGAAGAUUGCUAACAAGAACCACCAGACCAUGGAGGUCAAGGUCGCUGGCAUUCAGAUGGACCUUCGCGACGUCAGCUUCCACGUCAAACGCAAGCAGGGCUUCCCCUCUCUCACAGACACUGGUGUUGCUGACAUCGUCCUCCCCGGCGACGGCUUCUCCUUUAAGAUGAAGGUGUCCACCGCUGACAAGAAGGACCGUCAGAACUACUUCAAGGUUGAGAAGGUUGACGUUGACUUUGCCAAGAUUCAGAUCAAGGUUAAGAAGUCCAACCACAAGUUGCUCUUCUCUAUUCUGAAGCCCAUCAUGCUCAAGGUCAUUAAGGCUCCUCUGCAGAAGGCUGUCGAGAAGGCCAUCAAGGACCAGUGCAACAAGCUUGACCAGCUGUGCUACCAGGUCAAGCAGGAGGCCGAGCGCGCCACAGCCGAGGCCAAGAACAACCCUGAGAACGCUCCCAACAUUUACAACCGCUACUACACUGCCGCUCAGAAGCAGUUCACGCAGAAGAAGCAGAAGGCUGAAGAAAUCGCUUCCGAUAAGAAGGCCAACAUUGCCAUGACCAAGGAGGACAGCAUUUUCCCUAACAUCGACCUCCCUGGUGGCAUCAGCACCAAGGCCACCGAGUACAAGGAGCUUGCCCGCAAGGGCGACAAGUGGGAGAGCCCUGUCUUCUCCAUCGGUUCUGCUAAGAAGAGUACCGAUAUCCCUGCCGCCCCCAAGAUCCAGCGCAAGGCUCACCCCGUAUCCAACCUCGGUCCUAAGGACACCAACGCUGACUACGACUUUUACCCUGCUGGCAACGGACACCAGCACACUGGUAAUGGCGCCAUGAACGGCAAUGGCUACCACGUCGGUCACGGAGACGGUCUGAACGGUGGCGUUAACAGCAAGCACCUUGCUGGCAAUGGCCUCAACAACGGCCAGAUCCCCACGGGACAGGUCCCUAUGGCUGGACAGACCAUGAACACUGUUUAG